AGUGUUGUCAACGCGGCAUUGUGCUUCGUCUGGUGGUUCGCAAGGUUCUAUUCGCAGUUCUCGUGAAAUCUCAACCGGCCAUGAUUAUCAACGUUCACAAGUUGCUGAUAACGGCGCAGUCCCUCAUACGACAAGACUUCAUGAUGAAGUAAAUCAAAAAUCUGACCGCAACCAUUUUACUCAAGUACUUCCGGUGUUGAAAAAGGUUGAGAACCUUAUCGAACCAUUUGGGAUUUUGGCGAGAAGAAGAAUAGGAAAGAAGAAAGCAUGGUUGAAGUGGAGAAAUUUGAUACCGUCGAAAAAAUUAAACCGCCAAAGGCAUUACUGGGCAAAAGACAUGUCCAAUACCUUUUACUCUUCAGUGUGAUGGUACUGGCAUACGGUUUGCGAAAUAUCCUGAAUUUGGCUGUCCUUGCGAUGGUCGCAGAUGAUCCACCAGAGGGCGUCGUGACAUACCCCCACUGGGCCGACCAAAAGAACGUCAUCCUAUCCUCCUUCUUCUGGGGCUACGUCCUCACCCAGAUACCCGCAGGCCAGAUGGCCGAGAGACACGGCCCCAAAGUCUUUCUUUCCGCGGCGAUGGCCCUGUGCUCGUUCGCCUCCAUUCUCAUCCCCCUGUUGGGGGCGCAAUUAGGGGUAGCGGGGGUGAUCGCCUGCAGGAUAGUACAGGGGCUGACUCAGGGGUUCGUUUUUCCCUCCAUUCAUCAUCUGAUUAGCGCUUGGGUGCCGCUUUCCAGCAGAGCGAAGAUCGCGGGGUUCGUUUAUGCGGGUGGACCACUCGGUACCGUUUUGGUCAUGCCGAUUGCCGGCCAUUUUUCCGGGUCCACAAUGGGUUGGCCGACCGUUUUUUACCUUCUAGGCGGCGUUGGAUUCCUGUGGACAGCCUUCUUCAUGAUUUUCGGCCUGGACAGCCCACACCUACACAAAACCAUCACCAAAGAGGAACUCAAUUUCAUAGUGGACGGUAUUAAACCGAAACAGAAGAAACUACCGACCCCAUGGAAACAAAUCCUGACAUCCAAACCGUUUUGGGCUAUUCUGAUAUGCCAUUUCGGCGACUUGUGGGGAUUUUGGACUUUGCUCACCGAAAUUCCCACAUACAUGGACAAGAUCCUCAAAUUCGACAUCAAAUCGAACAGUGCUUUGUCCGCCGUGCCUUACUUAGCAUAUUGGCUGUUAAAUUUGGUGAUGAGUCCUAUAGCUGAUUACCUUAUCAGCAAUAAGAUAACCACUGUCGGUGCUAGUAGAAAAAUAUUUAACAGUAUAGGCGUUUUCGUACCAGCAAUCACUCUGUUCGUGCUUUGUUUCAUCGGCUCCGAAUACAGAGCGUUGACCGUCUUUUUGCUGGUGAUCGCUGUCGGUUUCAACACCGCCAUCUUGAUCGGUUUCCACGUCAACCACAUUGACAUUGCACCUAACCAUUCCGGUACCCUGAUGGGUAUCACGAACGCCAUUGGGAAUGUGGCAGCCAUUUUGGCCCCGUUGGCCGUCGAUGUUUUCAAGGCUGUGGGGGAUUACAAAGAGACUGACAAGCAACUCUGGAACGUGGUGUUCCUCACAGCAGCAGUAUUAUUCUCGACGACAGGUCUCUUUUACAACUUUGCAGCCUCCGGGGAGGUGCAACCUUGGAAUAGUCCGGCAGACGACGUCGAAAGUAUCCCGGAGAAAGAACCCAUGUACCGAAACGGCAGAUAACGCAGCUGAGAGUUUUCGAAAUAGGAUAAGAUUCGAUUUGGUUUGGAACCAUGGUAGUGGACUUUGUCGAAGGUCGCUUAGAUACCGAAAAUUUUCGCCAUCAAAUAGUAUACUUUUUGUGUUCGGUGAUUUUAUAGACGGGUACAAUACAGUUCAGUAAAUAAAAUUUUAUUUUGAGCAAUGUUUCGAGACACAUUUUUUUUAUUGAAAAGAGAUGAUAUAAUUUAUUAAAUAUUUUU